GUCUCCUACGUUUGGAUCUCUAUUGCAGCAUCGUGCAUGGUUGAGUAUAGAAAUUCGCACUUACAUCCCCGGAGUCGCGUGAGAUCAUUAGCUUCGUUGUCGUGCGCAGGACAGUAUUCAAGAGAAAUGUGCGGCGUAGUCGGUGUCAAAAGAGAUCAUUGGCUCUGUGCCGCUUCUCUUUGUAUCAGCCUUUCCCUCGGCUAUGUAGCAGCAUUAUUUGUCGGUCGAACAACAAUCAAGUCUCUUGUGGUCGAGAGCCCACCCCCGACAGAGCGCUCGCCAAUUUCUGAUGUGUUCCGAGUUCCAGUAGACGGUAAUUUUCAUGAAAUUCUCGAUGAGCGACCACACAUUGUCUUCGUACUAGCCGACGAUCUUGGGUAUAACGAUGUUGGUUAUGGGAGCCUUGACCUUCAUGCCUGUACGCCAAAUCUCGAUGCCAUGUGGCGUGAUGGUGUGGAGUUGACGAGCCUAUAUGCAGCGCCUACUUGUACGCCAUCGCGUGCCGCCCUACUCACAGCUCGGUAUCCAACUACACUGGGGAUGCAGCAUUGGCAGCUCGAAGCGGCAGCACCGUACGGCCUCGAUUCGAGCACUGCAACGCUAGGCGAGGUCUUCCAGCGUCAGGGAUAUGCGACGGUGUUUGUGGGCAAGUGGCAUCUUGGGCAUUUCUCUGAAGCAGUCCUGCCGACGCGCCGUGGCUUUGAGAAAUUUUAUGGCUUUUACACGGGCGGAGAAAAUUAUUUCACGCGCGUUUCAGAGGGAGCGUGUGCACCUGUAGUAAACACAUCUGUUCCACAAGUCUCCGAGGUUGGAGACAUUGCCAAGGAGUGCUUUUGGGACGCAAUCGACAACGAAGCACAUGAAGAUCUGCCUGCACCUGAAGAGUUACAUGGCAAGAGUCACUCAACCUAUGCUUUCGCCAUGCGUGCCUCUGACCUGGUUGCCCGCCAUGGAAGUUUUUCAGGAGGUGGCCUCGCCCAACCUAUCCUCCUUGUCCUUGCUCUGCCCAACCCCCACGUCCCGCUUCUCGCACCAGCAGCUGUAUUCAGAACACAUGACGCUAUACUUCGCCAGAUCACCAAUAAUCAACGGCGCACGUUUGCUGCCCUAACUAUCCUGUGGGACGAAGCUCUCGGGAAUGUGUCAGCCGCCUGUCACGGUCUCGUCGACAUCGACGGUAUUGAUCAUUGGACUUGCCUUCGUGAUGGUCUUGGAAACGAGCCACGUGAUGAAGUCCUUCUCAACAUCGACUACCUGGACGCUGAUCUUGAGUAUCUUGGCUAUCUCAGAGCUGCGAUUAUAUCCUGCACAGGAACACAUUCAAGUGGAGACUCGUUGGUAAUCAAUUCGGACGCCUCCUCGCUGCCUGAUUUGCCUUUGACUGGAACUACGACAUGUUUUAAGGGCCUUUAUAAUGUCGAGGAGGUAUUCUGGUACGCAACGCCGCAAGAUCCAUACACGACUAUACUGCUGAAACCCAAUCAGUAUCCGCCCUUUACAAUCUCACUGCCGACCCCACUGAACGUGACGACGUUUCGGAUGAACAUCCUGAUGUUUUCCAGGCACUCCACAGGCGUGUGAUAACAAAGUACUGGGCUGGGAUGGCUCGUGCCAGAGUUGUGGCGAUAGAUGAUGCUGCCUUCACUGCAUGGCGGAAAAAUGGCAAUUACGUUGGUCCCUGGACCAAGUCGAGCAAGCUGAGCUUCUGUAGUACCAUGACCAGGUCUAGGCAGCUAUAUGAGGCAGAAAUUGGCCUCGGAAACUGUAAUAUUUCUCUUGACCUCCUCAGGCUCCCUCCCUUUGACCUGGGACUUAUAGUCCCGCCUUCUUUAGCCCAGUGA